AUUUUUGUUCCGCUAGCGGAAGGUCGUCGGUAGCAGAGUCGACAUUUUGUUAGCUUCUUAGCAAAAUAAACGGUCUAAGGGCGUCUUGGUUGUGUUCAAAGUUGCUCACUGUCGCCUGACAGUUACCGCCUGCCAUCAUGUGGUAUGAAAUCCUGCCCAGCUUAGGAAUCAUGACCGUGUGUCUGAUCAUUCCCGGCGUCGCCACCGCACAGAUACACAAGUUAACCAACGGAGGGAAGGAAAAGAGGACCGCUCGGUAUCCAUGGCAAUGGACUCUGAUGGAGAGAGACAGGCGCGUGUCCGGAACAAACAAGUACUAUGAAUCCAAGGGACUCGAGAACAUCCACUGAUGACCAGGAAUAUGAAGACGCAGAUGAGAAGAAAGUUGUACAAUAAAAGAUAAUUAUUAAACAUCCAUAUUUUUGUUUUUUCAGUCUUUUAAGGCCUGUAAGGUCCCUGUUAUCAAAUAAACUGUUCCACACUGGAAA